UGUAACACAGAAAUCUCUGGACUGGAGCCAUCUCUGUGGUUUGGCAACACAACCAGUACAUUGCUUUUCUCAUCUCUUGAAAAAAAAAAAAACCAACAGAGAGAAAAUACCUUGAGAAUACAGGUAAUGAUUAAUCCAUCAGGCACAAAAAGGAUAAAAGUGUCCUUUUGGGGUUUCAUGUUCUAACUCGCUAAUGCAAAUAAAUAGCAGUGAACAGGGAGUGACAAUUUUACCAGAAGAGGAUUAAGUCACGGGCAGUGAUUGGGACAGCAUUUGUGGAGUCAGAUAAUCUCAUCAGAGAUCUCCAGGAAUCUAUCAGCAGUUGUCACUUUUUCCUUUUUCAUCUGUGAGUGAAGUAGGGACCAGAAGAAGCAGGUAUCGGUACAAAGAGUGGUCCUUGAAGAACCUGCACGAUGCAGCCUGAGAAAGGACAAAAGAAGAAAAGCCUCAAGCAGAGACUGGUCUUGAAGAACAGCUUAGCUAAAGAAACACUCUCUGAGUUCUUGGGCACGUUUAUAAUGAUUGUCCUUGGAUGUGGCUGUGUUGCCCAAGCUACCCUCAGUCGAGGACACUUUGGGGGAAUUGUCACUAUCAAUGUUGGAUUUGCAAUGGCAGUUGUAAUGGCCAUCUAUGUGACUGGAGGUGUCUCUGGUGGCCAUAUCAAUCCAGCUGUGUCUUUUGCAAUGUGUCUCUUUGGACGGAUGCAAUGGUACAAAUUGCCUUUUUAUGUGGGAGCCCAGUUCUUGGGAGCCUUUGCAGGAGCUGCAGCCCUCUUUGGUAUCUACUAUGAUGGACUCAUGUCCUUUGCUGGUGGAAAACUGCUCACUGUGGGAGAAAAUGCAACAGCACAUAUUUUCGCAACCUACCCUGCUCCAUAUCUAUCUCUGGAGAAUGCAUUUGCAGACCAAGUCGUGGCCACCAUGUUCCUCCUCAUGUUUGUCUUUGCCAUCUUUGACUCCAGAAACUUGGGAGUUCCCAAAGGCCUAGAGCCCAUUAUCAUUGGCUUCGUAAUUAUUGUCAUUUCUUCCUCUUUGGGAUUGAACAGUGGCUGUGCCAUGAAUCCAGCUCGAGACCUGAGUCCCAGACUUUUCACUGCUUUGGCAGGAUGGGGGUUGGAGGUCUUCAUGUAAGUAACAUGGUGGAGCUGGGAACACAUCAUGCUGUGCUUUAUUCAGGGAGGGCUGUGCUUUGAAUUGGGAUCCAGGAGAGUGCAGAUGGGAGGUUGGAGGUCAAGUGCAUACUCUGGUCAU